UGUCAAUGGGGUGGUAGGGUGGCAUGUAGGCCCCUAUAUAAGGAGCUAUAGCUUGGCAACAACCUGCCAUUGCCAUUGAUCCCAUUGUGUGAGCUCAAUCGUGUGAAGAAGCUAGAGCAUAAACUGCAACUGAUAGGAAGCUAGCUAGCUAGCAGGAGGAUCAAUGGCGUCGUCUCCGACGAUGUUGGUGGUGAUGUGUAGUAGCUUGGCCAUGGCGGUGAUCCUGUCGUCGAGCUCGCCGGCGAUGGCGCAGCUGGACGUGGGGUUCUACAGCAAGACGUGCCCCAAGGUGGAGGAGAUCGUGCGGGAGGAGAUGAUCAGGAUCCUCGCCGUCGCCCCCACCCUCGCCGGCCCUCUCCUCCGCCUCCAUUUCCACGACUGCUUCGUCAGGGGUUGCGACGGGUCGGUGCUGAUCGACUCGACGGCGAGCAACACGGCGGAGAAGGACGCGCCGCCGAACCAGACGCUGCGAGGGUUCGGCUCCGUGCAGCGGAUCAAGGCGAGGCUCGACGCCGCCUGCCCGGGCACCGUCUCCUGCGCCGACGUGCUCGCGCUCAUGGCCCGCGACGCCGUCGCCCUCUCCGGCGGCCCCCGCUGGGCCGUGCCCCUCGGCCGGCGAGACGGCCGCGUCUCCGCCGCCAACGAUACCACCACCCAGCUGCCGCCGCCCACCGCCAACAUCACGCAGCUCGCCCGGAUGUUCGCCGCCAAGGGCCUCGACAUGAAAGACCUCGUCGUGCUCUCCGGCGGCCACACGCUCGGCACGGCGCACUGCUCGGCGUUCACGGACAGGCUCUACAACUUCACCGGCGCCAACAACGCCGGCGAUGUCGACCCCGCCUUGGACCGGAGUUAUCUAGCGCGGCUCCGGUCGCGGUGCGCCAGCCUCGCCGGCGACAACACGACGCUGGCGGAGAUGGACCCCGGGAGCUUCCUCACCUUCGACGCCGGCUACUACCGGCUGGUGGCGAGGCGGCGGGGGCUCUUCCACUCCGACUCGUCGCUGCUAGACGACGCGUUCACCGCCGGCUACGUGCGGCGGCAGGCCACCGGCAUGUACGCCGCCGAGUUCUUCAGGGAUUUUGCCGAGUCGAUGGUCAAGAUGGGCGGCGUCGGCGUGCUCACCGGCGGCGAAGGCGAGAUCAGGAAGAAGUGCUACGUCAUCAACUAAUAAUUAAUCUACGUAUUAUAGCUUAAUUAAGCAAUUAAGCUCGUAAUUAUGUGUCUUAAUUUUUCCUGCUGAUUAUUGAUUAAGUGUUCCCUAAUUAAUCAUGCGUGUAACUGAUGUAUGUGUAGAGUGGUGGCGACAUAUCGAUCUAUACUAGUUUUACUUGGAUUACUUUGUUUGUUAAUUGUAUUAUUAUGCAAUGUAACUAAGAAAUUAAUCAAAUAAUGAAUCAAGUAUUGCACACGUA